ACAAUUAUUACCGCAGAAGACAAACAACUCUUCAAUCAUUUGAUCCAAACAUUGAGUCAAUUCACGGACAAGACAUCACUCGAAGAGGAGAUCCCAAGAAGUGAUGAAAUUGUUGUCAAACCUGUUGUCGAGAAUACAACUGAAAUAAAGAGUCCAUCAGUUGUGCGAAGAAGUGAUGAAACGAUUACCACUUCUUCUGAGGAAAAGACAAUUAAAACAAAUGAAACAACAAUUGAGACAAAUGUUAGAAGAAGUGGAAGAACUGAUCGCAAAGUGUAUACAAGUGUUUUGAAGACAUCAAGAGAUUCAAAUCAUGUCCGAAAACUAAAACCUGAGCCCAAAGUGUAUGCAAUACCUGAUCCCGAAUCGGAUCCCAAUUCUAAGUUAUUAUUGAAAAGAGAUAAUUACUCUCCGAAGACACAGCAGUAUAUGUGUCCUAACCCUCACUGCCGUAAAGGCUAUAUUGAUAGUCGCAAACUGAAUAAGCACUUCCACGUCGCCCAUUACCUCAAGAGGACAAUCAUUUGCCAAGAAUUGAAUUGUGGUAAAGGUUUUCGGACUAAACAACAGCUUAAAUGCCAUUUAAACAAUAUUCACAGCGAUUACCGACCCUUUGAGUGCCCGCAAAAGGGCUGCGAUUUUAAGUGUAAAACUGAAGCACAACUCAAUUCACACACAAUUCAUAUCCAUUCAGACAUCUAUGCCUUCAAAUGCAAUGAAUGCGAGAAAACAUACAAAACUCAAAACAUGCUUAACACUCAUUUAAGGAUCCAUUCAACUGAAGACACAGUUCGAUGUCGUUAUGAGGGAUGCAAUCAAUGGUUCAAAAAUGCUAAAAGACUUCGCAAACACAAGAUAGCGGUCCACAGCGCACAGCCGACGUGGUAUCCGUGCGAAUGGCCCGCAUGUGGCUAUCGGAAUGAAAGCUCGGAUGCACUUAAAAAUCACCGCCGCAUACAUACGGGUGAGCGACCAUUUGAGUGCCGGUGGCCGGCGUGUGGUAAACGGUUUCGUAUACUAAAGGGUCGCUCAGAUCACGAGCGGAUCCACUCAAAUACGAAGAACUUUGUGUGUCAUUGGCCCGGAUGUGGCUAUCGGUGCGUUCAAAGCGCUAAUCUCACCAAACAUAUGAAAACAAUUAUUACCGCAGAAGACAAACAACUCUUCAAUCAUUUGAUCCAAACAUUGAGUCAAUUCACGGACAAGACAUCACUCGUAGAGGAGAUCCCAAGAAGUAAUGAAAUUGUUGUCAAACCUGUUGUCGAGAAAACAACUGAAAUAAAGAGUCCAUCAGUUGUGCGAAGAAGUGAUAAAACGAUUACCACUUCCUCUGAGGAAAAGACAAUUAAAACAAAUAAAAAAAUAAUUGAGACAAACGUUAGAAGAAGUGGAAGAACUGAUCGCAAAGUUUACACAAGUGUUUUGAAGACACCGAGAGAUCCAAAUCAUGUCCCGAAACCCAAAUUUGAGCCCAAAGUGUAUGCAAUACCUGAUCCCGAAUCGGAUCCCAAUUCACUCCUAUUAUUACGAAGAGAUAAUUACUCUCCGAAGACACAGCAGUUUAUGUGUCCUAACCCUCACUGCCGUAAAGGGUUUAUUACUUCCCGUAAACUUUACCAUCACUUCCAUGUCGUUCAUCACAUGAAGAGGACUAUGGUUUGUCAAGAAUUAAAUUGUGGUAAAAGUUUUAAGACAAAACCAGAUCUUAAUAGCCAUUUAAGACAAGUUCACAGCGAUUACCGUCCCUUUGAGUGCUCGCAAAAGGGCUGCGAUUUUAAGUGUAAAACUGAAGCACAACUCAAUUCCCAUUCAGUCAUUCAUUCAGACAUUUAUGCCUUCAAAUGCAAUGAAUGCGAAAAAACAUUCAAAUCUCAAAACAAACUUAACAUUCAUUUGCGGAUCCAUUCAACUGAAGACACAUUUCGGUGUCGUUACGAGGGAUGCAAUCAGUUCUUCAGGAAUACAUUCCAACUCCGGAGGCAUAAGAUAGUGGUCCACAACGCGCACCAGAAGUGGUAUACAUGCGAAUGGCCCGCAUGUGGCUAUCGGAAUAAGAUCUGGGAUGCACUUAAUAAUCACCGCCGCAUACAUACGGGUGAGCGACCCUAUGAGUGCCGGUGGCCGGCGUGUGGUAAACGGUUUCGUAUACUAAAGGUUCGCACAGAUCACGAGCGGAUCCACUCAAAUACCAAGAACUAUGUGUGUCAUUGGCCCGGAUGUGGCUAUCGGUGCGUUCAGAGCUCUAAUCUAACCAAACAUAUGAUUGUACAUCAAAAUUUAUGGCACAUAAUGCAAGGGAAUAGCACCCAAGAGUACGCAAAAGAUUCUUUCGAUCGAUUCGGUGACGAUUUGUGCCAAUUAUUAUUGUCAUACCAUUCACUUGACUUCGACGGCGCUUCCACUCACGAGUCUGUGUCCAAACAAUUCCAGCGAUUGAUUUACAACGACAUCGUUAAGAUUACUAUUGACCACAAAUUGAUCGAUGGAUAUAAAAAAGGGCAUCAAUUAAACGACAGUAACGUAGAAUUGGGUCAUAAAUUCAUUGCAUUUCUCCAGAAGAAGUGUCCAAAUGUGCGAACAAUUGGUUAUUCCAAUCGGUAUAGAUCUUUACAACGAUACCGUCCACCAGAACUGAUGAUUCACGUAUUCCGAGCCAUCCAUCAAUUGAGACACGAGUGGCCACUUCUGGAGACUAUAUCUGUAAAUGUAAAUCAAUUGUUUGACGCGGACCACAUGAAUCACCAAUUGUUUGCCUAUUUAUUGCCCACAUUUGGACCAAUGGUUGCGUGUGUUGUCAGCCGAUCCGAUCAUCUCAACCAAUAUCUGCACUUAUGUCCCAAUUUAGUAAAACUGGAGAUUUCUCGCAUUGAAUUAACUCUCUCUUCAGAUGGCAAUCAUUUACCGCUAUUUAUUCGCCUCAAAGACUUUCACUUCUAUAGUGUUGAUCUAACGGACGCAAUAUUUGUAACAUUUGUGGCCCGAUAUAAGUGGCGCCUCACAUGUCUUCGCAUCGAUCUCAUCGAUUUGAUUGCCGAAAGCCAUACAGUUAUCAAUCAAUUCAUGUCUCGAUUGUCUCAAUUCAAAGAUCUCACAAAAUUGAUUCUCGUUUUUCGCUUGGAUUUGAGUGAACACAAAGAUCUCGUCGACAUUGAGGAUUUCAACCAAGAAGAGGUCACCGCUGAACCCAAUUGGCCGGCCGUCGACUCUAUAGACAAUUGGCCGCAAUUGUCUCAUUUGGAUCUAUAUAUGUUCAAUGGCGUAUAUUUCGAAGCUAUUCCUCAACAUCGAAAAUUACAGAAUUUGCGGAUCAAUUGCGAAAACAUCACAUUUAAUGAUCAAUUGUUAGCCAGUCUUUCCCAACAAUCAUCGCUUCAAUCGUUGGAUAUUUAUGCGGCAAAAGUGUCGAUGAAUUGUGGCGAAUGGGAACUGAAGGCAAUGGUCAAGAGUUGUCGUAAAUUGAGUUCAAUUGAAAUCGCCGAAUGCGGUUCCACUAAACGCGUUCAUUUCAAUGGCCAACACUUGGAAAUAAUGAAAUAUCCAAUCGAUAACAAUAUGAAGACACCACUCAAAGUGUCCAUCAAAAUGGGCUUAACAUCAGUGGUAACCGUUGUUCUCUUGUUGCCGCGAUAUGUGAAAGUGUUUUCCCUCUCGAUAUUUGUCUCCCAUUUCCGGGAAAUACUUUUGAAUAUUUCUCAACACAUAAUAGCUGUGAGCACUUGUGGUGCAUAUGAUAUCGUUGUUGGCGACUACACCGACGGCCAAAGCCUUCUGAUAGGACACGUUUAG